GAUACACGGAAGUCCGAGAGAAGAGGGAAGUUUGGUUUGUGUACAAAUCUGAUCGAGCGCCUUGUUUUCUCGUGUGAAGACACGAAGAGUGAACGGAUGUAGCUGACUCCUCCUGUGUGGAGGCUGCGGUUUGAGGUCCUGUCCACAUGAUCUCUCUUUGCCCCUGAGUAAAUUCACCUGGACAAGGGGCCCAAUGUCUCUGCUGCAACCAGCCAUCCAGCUCCAGCACACGACAGGGCCGCUGCCGAGUGUCCAGGGGGAGCUGCAGUUCUGGAUGGACAAAGCGGUUGCUUGGGGCCAGGCUGACAGUCCAGACACUCAGAGAGACACCAGCCUGCACUUGAGAAGAUUAAGCAGUUACCUCCAGGAACUGCUCUCACAUAUCAACACUGUGAGAUCCACGGCAGAAACCAUGAAGCGGCUGCCCCUCCUGGGCCAGCUCCUUGGCCGACUUUGCUGGAACCCUCACGUUACCGCUGAUGAUACGAGCAGAGGGCUGCUGUUCCAGUGUCUGUGGGGACUGUACUCAGAGGAUCCCUGUGAUGCUGUGGAAAGAAAAGCCAACCAGUGGAUACGGAAAGUGCUGUGUCAGCUUUCUACAGAAGAAGAUGAUGCUGCGGCGCAGAAAUUAAUGAAGCGUAUGGGUGUACCACCUAAAGAGUACCAUCUCAAAGUGCUGACAAAGAUGGUGGCAGCGCUGCAGGGAAACAUUGGAAAGAGCUGUAGUUCUCUGGGAAACAUAAAUCAGAGGUGUUCAUGUGAAAGCAUCCUGGCUACAUCUGAGGCCUGUGUCCCUCUGGUCUCUUGUCCGGAGGCCGCCCCUCUCAUCGGUGCGCUGCUACAGCGUCCAGCGACUUGUGUCAGAGCAGCUCUGAGUGAAGACUUCCUGGAGGCUCUGAGCUCUGCCUUCUCCAGUAAGGUCUUGUCACUGGAGGAUCAGGCUGUCGUGUCUCUGUGGAUUCACAGCCUGUCCACCCUGGAAGAGGCUGUGCUCAGUCUGCUGGAGUCUGUUCUGAGCAACCCGGGGUCAACACCACAGAGGAUGGUGCAGCAAGUGUCACAGUCUCUGCUGCCUAAAGCCUGUGCACAGCACUGCUCAAUAUUUUUAGUUGUUAAUGACAUCUUCAGGUCGACCCUUAAACAAUCUGAAGGAAACAACUCUGUUAAAUCUCUUAUCCAAACAUUCACCAGCUGUUUUCUGAGGGAGGUGGCCCUGCUGCAGCCUCAGAAGUGUGUGUCUCUGAAGGCUUUCUUCCCACAGUCACCUCAGAGUGUGUUGGUUCCUCUGUUGACCCUGCCGUCAGAGAUGCCUCCGGAGGCUUGGAGACAUCACCUGAACUGGCUCAGCAGCUCAUUACAGAGACUGACAGAGGAGGAAGAGGAGGGAGACGGCCGCAGCAGCACCAGGGGGCACCAGAGGGUGUUCGAGGCCUGGUUCCUGCUGGUUCAGUGUGCUCACUGGGUGCAGGUGAGUGUCCAACUCCUGGGGACAAACGGGCUCGAGGACCGUGGCCCCCUCCUGUGGCUGCUGACCUUCUACCACCACCCCACCAACAGGGGGCACCACAGGGAUCUACAGCUGGUACAGGCCGGAGAGGCGUGGCACCACCUCCACGCCCUCUUCUCGCCUCCCCCCCAUCCACCUCCUGCUUACCGCCAGCAGCUGUUGGCCGGUCUGCUGUCACCAGGACCUCAGCGACCGGCCCUGUGUCCGUCACUGAUCUUCAGCCUCUUACUCAACUUUGCUGUUUUUUCCCAGCAGCCGCUGAGCUGCUCGACACAGGUUUUACACACGGUGGUGCGGCGGUCUGGUCUGGUGGAAGAAGCAGCGUGUGCUCUCCGCUCACUGGAGCUCCGGCUAAACGCAGGAAGCUGCUCAUCAAGCGACGCUACCAGAGUUCACCUCAGGAUCGAGGCCCUUCAGAACACACUCACACAUAUGCAGGCAGCAUGGAGCCCUGCUGAGAGCCAGGCACACACUCACACACUCUGAAGGAGGUGAGAGUGCAUAGCUUCACACACACACACAUUAAUACAAACAACCAGACAGCAGCGAGUUCCUCCUCAGCUCAGGGGUUUCUUCAGGGCACGUCUGCAGAAUGACAAAUAGCCUCACUCUUGUGUAGAUUUGCUUGGGACAAUGACAGGAAUGUGUCAGAACACAGCUCAGCAAGGACAGAUUACGUGGAGUGUGUAAUCAUAUGCGCACACAAACACACACUACAACUACAAGGCCCACAAGGACAUUUGAGGAGUGACAGAUCACACUGCAAAGACGCAGCAGCGGGUACAGCGUGUCAGAGUCCUCCCACUCAUGUAAUUGUCUCACAAAAUAAAUCCUUCACGCUACACACGCACACACACACACACACACACUUCAAGGCAUUCAUGUCUGAAGGAAUAUGACACCAAAUGCCACUUACCUUUGUGCCAAAAUGUGUUAAAUGUGAGACAUUACAUUGCCGAGUUUAAACUGUUAAUAAUGAAAUGUAAAUCCGCUUAUUUUUGGAUGUACAUUCUCUGGUGUUUUCAUUUAUUAUAAAAACUGUGUCCGUGGCAUUUAAAAUAAAUAAAUACACAUUUAAACUAGUUCUAUUGAGGUACACUAUUCCUGAUUAUGCUUCUACAUAACUACUUCAUAAUGUUAUUUAUACGUCAAUAGUUUAGGGCGACCACUGAUAAUCGUCUCCACUGCUGAUGAAUCUGUCGAUUUGUUCUCCCAGAGCGGAAAGUAUUUAAUUUACUCAAAGAAGCGCAGUAAAUUCUCUCAUGUGAGAACCUGCUGAUUCUGGUACAUGUUGUACUUUGUGAUGAGGUCAUAUGAUUUGACUGGUUUUGUAAGAUUUGUUCUUGAAAUAAAAAAAUUGGCUCAAGUUGGGAGUUAUUACCAAA